GCUGGCGAGCCGGCUACUGCUCGCAGCACGGGACAGGCGCGCCGCAAGGGCGGGCAGCAGACCUCCGGGACCUCGGGAGCGGAGUCGGACACCCCCGGAGGGAAGAAAUGAGGUAGCGACCGUCCCGGAGCCGACCAUGCGCGCGCCCCACCCUCGGCGCCCCGCGCUGCCCCGGCCGAGCCAGCCGGGACAGUGAGCCAGCCGAGCCUGAGUCCCCGCGUCGGGCCGGAGCGAAGAUGCAGUGAGCCACAGGCGGAGUGCUGCGCCGGGCCCGCCGCGGCCAGCCGGGGCAGCAUCUGACUGCACUCCCGGCAAGCCGCACAUUCUGGGACCAGCCCAGACGAGGGGCUCUCAGGCUCCAACACCACUUAGGGGCGGGGAGCACUGGCCGCUGGGCACACUCGCUAUCGAGUUUCCGCGGUUUCUAGUCCCAGCCCUGGGGAGUGUGUGUGUGUGUGUGUGUGUGUGUGUGUGUGUGAGAGAGAGAGAGAGAGAGAGAGAGAGAGAGAGAGAGCGGUGGGCCUUUCCAGGUUCACCGAGGAGUUCCUGCAUAUUCUCGCCCCGUCCCGGCUGCUUUGGCUGGGGCACCCUCUGCGCGCGCGCAUCUCUUUUUAACGUUCCUCUCUGAUUUCUUCUUUCUCUCAUUUUGCUUGCCUAAGACUCUUUGCCCUCGUCCUUGCCCUGGCUGGGGUAAAUCUGUGCGCGCUUUCCUCCUCCCCCCGCCCCCUCGCAGCUAGAUAUUUUCUUCUCUUUUAAAAUUUGUACCCGUACCCCCUUCGGCGGGGUCCCUGAGCACGAUACUCCCUAACCCCCUCUCUACCACUGGGCCACUCCCAGCAGAGUUUUAUUUUUCUGUCUUGCCCGGGCCGAGCCCGGCCAGGGCGGGUGGCUCGGCGGGUCUUGUACCCCGCGCUCCGCCGCCGCCGCCCAGCUGCGCGGGGGCGCCCUCCGGAGAUGCUGCCGUGGAAGAAGCACAAGUUCGAGCUGCUGGCCGAGGCGCCGCCACGGCAGGCGUCCAAGCCCAAGGGCUACGCGGUGAGCCUGCACUACUCGGCGCUCAGCUCGCUGGCGCGGGCGUGCCCCGAAGGCGCGCUCAGCCGGGUGGGCAGCAUGUUCCGCUCCAAGCGCAAGAAGCUGCACAUCACCAGCGAGGACCCCACUUACACCGUGCUCUACUUGGGCAAUGCCACCACCAUCCAGGCGCGCGGCGACGGCUGCACUGACCUAGCGGUGGGCAAGAUCUGGAGCAAGAGCGAGGCGGGUCGUCAGGGCACCAAGAUGAAGCUGACUGUGAGUGCGCAGGGUAUCCGCAUGGUGCACGCCGAGGAGCGCGCGCUGCGCCGCCCGGGCCACCUCUACCUGCUGCACCGCGUUACCUAUUGCGUGGCAGACGCUCGGCUGCCCAAGGUCUUCGCCUGGGUAUACCGGCACGAGCUCAAGCACAAGGCGGUAAUGCUGCGCUGCCACGCGGUAUUGGUGUCCAAGCCCGAGAAGGCUCAGGCCAUGGCCCUGCUGCUGUACCAGACGUCGGCCAACGCACUGGCGGAAUUUAAACGGCUCAAGCGGAGGGACGAUGCGCGUCACCAGCAGCAGGAGCUGGUGGGCGCGCACACCAUCCCGCUAGUGCCGCUGCGCAAGCUGCUCCUGCACGGACCCUGCUGCUACAAGCCGCCGGUGGAACGCAGCCGCAGCGCGCCCAAGCUGGGCUCCAUCACCGAGGACUUGCUCGGCGAACAGCAGGAGCAGGAGCUGCAGGAGGAAGAGGAAGAGGAGCACACGGAGGGCUGCCUGGAGGAAGAGGAGGAGGAGGAGGAAGAGGAGGAGGAGGAGGAGGAGGAGGACCGUGCUGAGGACCGACACCCGGCAGGGGAAGAGGCCGAGGCGCAGCGGGCGCUGGUGGUGGCCAUGCACUUGGAAUGCGGGGACUUGCUGGACACGCUGGAGAGUGGCCGCGAGGAGGCGCUAGGAGUCGGCGGGGUCUCCCUGGGCCCUGGGGCUGGGCCGUCGCCUCUGCUGAUGGGCAGCGCCCCCGACAUGAAGGCCGAGCUGUCCCAGCUUAUUAACGACCUAGGAGAGCUCAGCUUCGGCAAUGAUGUGCGCAGCCUGCAGGCCGACUUGCGGGUGACGCGCCUGCUGUCCGGAGAGAGCACCGGCAGCGAGAGCUCCAUCGAAGGCGGGGGCCCGGACGCCACCUCUGCCACCGCCGGGGACCGGUCGGGCCCUGCCGACGGCGCCAACGCAGAGGAGCCCCACUCGGGUUGAGAUCGCAGCAGCCCCCUGCGCGCGCCCCUGACGCCCCACCGUGACUCCCCACCCGCCUUUUGGACAGCCUCCAGGAAAGGGGAAACGGGACGCUUGAGGCCCAGAGUUACCCUGGCCCUCUCCUUCAGCACAUUUGGCUCUGUUAGAAGCGGGGCUCAGGUUGCGCGUGGAGAUGUGCGAGGGGGCAAAGUGCACGGUGGGAGAGAGAGGCAGGGCCCUAGGGGCCGGGGGUGGGCGUUGGGGGGGCUGGUGAGGGAAGGGCCUGCUGGUUAGCAAAGUCCUACCCGCCAGGGAUGCCUGCCUGCCGGCCAGUUUCCUGUUUGUGGGACAGCUGGGGCCUGAGGAGGAGGGGUUAAUUUCCUCCCCGGACCGACCCAAUAACAGGGAGCCGCCUAGCGCUGUCACUGACAUGUCAUUAAAAAACUUUUUUUUUUCCUGCUCUCACAACGUUUGAGGCUGAUGCCACCUCCUUAACCCCAGUCUUUUUGGUGCGAGAGCUUGGGUUGUUUACCUCAGACUCAGACCCUUGAAAUUCUGCCAAAUUCCUCAAAUAACUGUUUGGGGGUGGUGGUGGUGGGGAAAUGAAAGAAAGUUGCAUUUUGUUUACAGUUAAAGACAUCUAAUAUCUUUAAAAAAGGAGUUUUCCUUUAAAAACACACCUUCCUCCUGCUCAAACGAUCUCCCUCCAUGAUACUGUGUAACACAUUUUGCACUGUUGUGAAGUAUUUUUGACAUUUUUUUUUUUUGUACAUAACUGUGUUCUCGGAGCUAAAUGUUUUUAUCUUUUGCUGUGCAAAAGGGACAUGUAAAAUGUUCAGUUGUAUAUACAGAAAUGUGUAUAAAACAUUUUGUUAUUUUCUAAGAGUAGCACUGCUCUGGUUCUGUUUGCAUGCCAGUGGGGAGAGAAUAAAGAAGACAAUUCACCG